ACUUGCAAGAUGGUCGGAAGGCUUCUCGCACAUAGUCAUGGUCGUGGCGCCGCGUCCUUUAGUGGCGAUGAUUUGACUGAUGCAAAUCUUCCACCACCAUCUACACUUGCUGCCCAGCUCGUGAAGAACCACGUCGACACUGCCCGUGGUCUAAAUCAAGAAGACACUACCGUCACUUUUCGUCAGCUCCUGCAGGAGAUUCUCAACAAGACCUCCGUGCCUGAGACUGACGUUGACGUCAACCAUAAAUUGAUCAAAGUUGUUGUCGAGGCAGGCCUCGAUGUCCUCUUCCGCGAUGACCCAUUCGCCCAAUGGGACUUUCUGAUUCCUCAGGCAGUUGACAGUCUUGCUGUCAUCGAGUCCACCAUACAAAGGCAGCCCGACAUUCUUUUUCACAAUGCUUCCUCGACCCCAGAUCAACAUCCACAUCUCCUGCUUUGGCUGUUUCCCAAAUUGCUCAUGAUAUCCAAGCAUCCACAAGGCUCUCAGCUACAACACUCACUGGCAUCUCUCAUGUCCUCUCUAGUAUUGAGUCUGUCCAAGAGCUUGGAUCUGUGGCCAUACGCAAAAGCAUUGCUGCAAAUGCUUCGGGACUGUGCUACUGACCUCUUCACACUGCUCCAAGAUAGCCGCGUCUUCUCCAAGUCCGCAACGCUCAUUCCCGCUGUCUUGCUGCCACCCGUUAGGAGUACAUCAAAUGUCUGGCCUCAGCCAGAGGACAACGCAGCUCUGUCUCUGGGUCAUCAACUGUCUACAAAUGACCCUUUAUCAGCCAUCAGGAUACAGCUGCUGCUUGUUUCCACACUGCAAAACCUCACUUUAGCGAAAACAACCCUUACUCGAUUUCAGACUUCAACGUCUCCCUUGUACAAAUCGGUGUCCGACUCGGUUGCUGCUUUGAGCCGCAUACUAUUCCAACACAAAUCAUGGUUUGAGCAGCACUCUUUCUUUUCUACAUUUGCUUUGCAAAUCGUUCGUCUUCAGAAUCUUGUUUUGAACGGCUCAACAGAUCCGACGAUACACAAUCACGUAUCCUACAGGCUCAGUAGCCUCUGCGAGUCUUGUUCGAAGCUCAUCGUUCACAAUGGGAAGUCACUGCUCGAUGACGAAUUGCAAAGNGAGCUUGCGUCGACCAUUGAGAAACUGAUCGACCUCUAUGAUGCAGAGUAUGGAUACAUAAUUGAAGAAUUUCUGCUCCCUUCUGUUCGAGCCUUUGCUCGCGACUCAUCAAAGUUUGAGGCUGUUGAUGCAUCUUUACAAUGCGUAUUUCACAAAUGUCUGGAGAGACACGACAGAAAGGACGAAGCUGAUGUUGUCAUGAGCGACGAUACUCCUCAGCCUCGACCCAAAGCGCUAGCCUUGCAACCUGCGCCAAAGCGUAGACGGCUACAGGGUCUUCGCGGCUCAAGGCAAAAGCCAUCGAGCAGCGAGUCAGAAAACUUAUACCAGGAACUCAAGCGUAGACUUGCCACUCUUCUGGGCAAGCAAGACAGUAUGACUNNACAAAUGAUCCUGACGUUAACUUGCUAUGCUUCCAUGUCGAACGACCAACGAAGCAUGUUCUGGCAGACAAUUGGAUCUUGCGCUUGUGCUGCCACGAACAACUACCACAACAGCCAAUGUUCGAUCUGUGAUGGUGAACGCCGUCUACAGCACGAGCCAGACAAUAAUACAUGGGAGGAGAACAAUCGAGCCGAUGACUGGAAUGAGUUGUUUCAGAUACUCACGGAACUCUUCGAGAGCCAAGACAUUCACCUCUCAGAUAGACAUAGAGUGCUUGCCAUCCUAGCAAUUCGGUCGAUCGUGUUGCACAAUCGGAACCCUAGGGAGCUUGAUCUCGGAAUCUCCUUNUUGGGAGAAUGUUGCUUGAAGUACUUGCAAAGUUCCUCCAGAGAGCUACGAAUCGCUGCANNGGACAGGCGAACGAUGGCUGCCUUUCUUCGUGAGGGACUGCCUAUAGAGAUUCGCAACAAAAACCGACAGGUUGCGUUGAACUUNUUGCGAGCACUCUCGACGAAAGAUAUUGUAGGUCAACACGAGACGUUGAUAUUGGCUUGGGGCAGAGUUGCAGUAAGUAGGGUGUGUGGUGAAAAAGAGCUCAAUUUGGCAUUACUCAGGCUGGUUGAUUAUUUGGGUCAUCCAAACUCGUUGAUCUGCUCUCUCGCAUACAGCGAGGAUAUUGCCGAAACCCUGUCUCUGUCACCACAAACACUCCUCAAACCAUUCUAUCGCAGUAUAGCAGUUGCUGUCAUUCAGGAUCUCACUAAUAAACCGCAGAAGGCGCAGCAGCUUUCUGAGUUCCUGGGCAUGAGCGUCAGCCAUUUCCUGCUGCUGACCCAACGAGACACAGUGCCCUUUCUUGUCUUGACNAAAAAGAAGGACAUUCUACGGCGAAUCGCAUCGGCUCGCAGUGCAGAGACUAGCAUACAAGACAUUUGUCUUCAGCCGCCUGCCAACCUUGCUGCUGUGAUAUCCACGUUACUCUAUCAAACAUCAAGCGACGUGGAAGGCAAUGCUACGAAGUGCCUUGCUGAGGUCGCCCCUGGCUUUCAGAACAGCGACCUGGGAAGUUUGAUCAGAUCAGAUCCUGUUCUGAUAGCUUGUGAGAUGCUCAAGACCGCGGGAGACGAAGAUGACACCAAUGCUUCAAAGAUUUUUACAAUGUUGGUCGAAGGGAAGCCAAGCCAUUCAAAACCGAGCGCAAAAACCAACCGUAUGGUUAUCAGUUUCUUUGAGGCACAUAUUCUGGGCAUCAUGACGGAGUUUUCAAACUCUAUCGACAACACACUAUCGCUGUCUCCAUCAGAAAAGCUUCGUUGUGUCAAGGCAAUCGAACAAAUGAUCAUAUUAGCUAAGAGCAAGGUCAGCGUAGCUCUUCCUCAGAUAAGAGCGUGCCUUCAGAGCGCCAUUGAUCAGCGACAACUUCAAGAGUCGGCACUUUCUGCCUGGCUCACUCUGGUCAGUGUUCUCGAUGGUGACGAUGUUGCUGACAUGGUCGAUCACACCUUCGCGCUGGUGGCUCAACAUUGGGAUGGCCUCUCGUCGCCUCUGCAGAAGAAGAUCCACGACACUAUCAGCGAGAUAGUCAAGACCCACAGCAACGUGAUUCGAGAGAAGCUCAUGACCAUACCAUCCUUGGCUUCCAUUCCGUUGAUGUCCAAAAUCGGCCUGGAGAUCCAAAGGUUGAAAAAGGACGAGCGCCCAGACGUUCAUCUGCGCGCCUUUGCUAAACGACUACAUGAUGAGAAUGUCGCAAUUGUCACUCAAGGGCUACGCGAGCUGGUUCUAUGGCUCGGCGAGAAUCAAGGUUUCGUUCAUGAAGCAGCUGUCAGCGAACAACCCAAGGCCGCAAUAGCAGAUGUGAUGCGUGCUUUGCUGGACGUUUGUACUAAAUAUGCUGACCACGACUCGACUGUCGUCGACCUCAGUGCACAAUGCAUUGGCAUCAUCGGCUGCUUGGAUCCAAACAGUGUCGACAUGAGUAGCAGCAAGAGGCAAGUACUUGUGCUCUCCAACUUCGAAAAAGCCUCUGAAGUUAUCAACUGGGUCGCUAUCAUGCUCGAAGACGUUCUGGUACCAGCAUUCAGAUCCUCCACAAACGCGCGCGAUCAGGGGUUUCUAGCUUAUGUUAUGCAAGAGCUGGUCCGGUUUUGUGGUUUUAACGAAGCUGCGACUGCGCGUCUAAGGCCGUCACAAGCUGGUCCUGCCCAUAGUCGCUGGGCGGAAAUGACAGAAAGCGUCCGGAAUACGCUCACUCCAUUCUUGAGCUCGAGGUAUCUGCUAAACAGCAAUUCGUCUGUUCAGCCCGGAAAGCGAAACUACCCAGUUUUUGCCAUUGGGAAACGUCAUAGCACUUGGCUUCGUGAAUGGGCUUAUGACAUGAUGUGGAGAGGCAAGGGUGACAAUGCAGAGAUGGUGUUCCCCAUCCUGGCACGCAUUAUCAAUCGACAUGACAUCUAUAUCGCCAGCUUUCUUCUCCCUUACGUAGCACUCAACAUUGUCCUUGGCGGUACGGUGCAAGAGGCUAAAGACGUUGGAAUUGAAAUGCUGACAGUCUUGUCAACCGAAUCACCAGUUGAGUCAGAGAAAGAGGCAUUACGACAGUGCAGUGAAAACGUCUUUGCUGUUUUGGACUACAUGUCAAAGUGGCUACAGGAGAAGAAGCGAACUAUGGCUGCAUACCGGACUGCAGCCCUGCGAGCUGGUCAUGCUCCUUCGGAAAUCGAGGAGGCCAAAGACAUUGGCCAGAUCGAAAGUGUCGAGAGUGUGAUAAGCUCUAUUCCUGCCGACAUCAUCGCUCAACGUGCUAUGGAGUGCGGCUCGUAUGCUCGUGCACUGUUCCAUUGGGAGAGCUAUAUCCGGAGCGAGUCACGAAGGCAAACGAAUCAAAACGCCAAAGAACACGACGCGAUGUUCCAACGACUCCAUUCGAUAUACUCUCAGAUUGAUGAGCCCGACGGUCUUGAUGGAAUCUCGGCACAUCUCAACAUUCUCAGUCCUGAGCAACAGGCUUUUCAACAUCAAAGAACAGGCAGGUGGUCGGCUGCACAAAGCUGGUACGAAUUUGAGCUAUUCAAGGAGCCUUCCAACGCAAGCCGUCAAAUCGAUCUUCUGAGCUGUCUCAAAGAAUCUGGCCAGUAUGACCAAGUCUUGCGUUAUGCAUCAUUCUACAAUGCAAACUCGGGUCAGCGCGACAGGGGCACACUCUUGUCGUAUAUCACAGAGGCAUGCUGGACUACAGAUAGGUUCGACACCCUCAAGGAUUCUCUUGCUGGUUUCUCGGAAGAAACCCAGACAGACUUCAAUGUUGGUGUCGCCAGAGUACUUCUGGCCAUGCAAGAGAGGAACCAAGAUGAAGUGUCAGUCAAGGUCAACAAACUCCGCAACAUUGUAGUCAAGGGCAUUACUUCUGUCUCUGGAAGCUCGCUCCAAGCUUGCCAUGACGUUCUCUUGAAACUUCAUAUUGUGUAUGAGAUAGGUGCACUCAGUGGAGCGAUCGAUGUCCCUGCCGCUCAGGAUACGGCCGCUACAUCCAUCCUUGCAGUCAUGGACAAGAGAUUGGCUGUUGUUGGAUCAUACAUCUCUGACAAACAGUACUUGCUCGGUAUUCGUCGUGCGGUCAUGCGACUAUCAAGUGUCGAUUUCUCAAGCGUCAGUAUCGGCAGUUCCUGGCUCAUGACAGCUCGCCUUGCUCGAAAGACUAACGUGUCAGCUGUGGCGCAUAACGCUAUACUCAAUGCAUUCAGUUGUGGAGACGAUGCGGCCAAGAUUGAACAUGCUCGGCUACUUUGGAAAGAUGACCAGCAUAGACAAGCCAUUCAGAGUCUUGAGGGCGCCAUUGCGUCCAAUACGUUUGCAACCUAUGACCAGAGGAUGGUGGACACCAGCAAUCCUGAAGAAGCACAGCAGAAGCAGAACAUGCUCUCUGCAAGGGCGCAUCUGCUACUCGCCAAAUGGCUAGAUGCCUCUGGACAGACGCAGGCAACAAAGGUUGCGAGCAAGUACCAAUAUGCCGCCAGACACUAUUCCAGAUGGGAGAAAGGUCACUACUACCUGGGCAAGCACUACAACAUGCUUCUGGACGCCGGAAAAACUCUUCCUGUACACAAACAGUCCGAGCCCUUCCUCUCCGGAGAGUUGACCAAGCUAGUCAUCGAAAAUUACUUGCGAUCUGUGCCAUUUGGGUCAAAGUACUGGUACCAAACAAUCCCAAAGAUCAUCACGCUCUGGUUGGAUCUUGGUAUGGACUGUAUGCAGAGGACCAAGAGCGAUCAGGCUGAUGUGACAACCAAACGUUCUCACUGGCUUGAUGCGAUUCACAAGCAGAUGAGAAAGUACUUCGAUCGGAUACCUCCGUACAUCUUCUACAACGCUCUACCACAGAUGAUCUCGCGUAUUACUCACCCGAACCCUAAGGUUUACGAGGUUUUGGCGAUGAUCAUCCAGAAGAUUGUUUCGACUCAUCCUAGUCAGGCACUUUGGUUCUUGCUGGCAGUCUGCAAAGCUUCUGCAGCAGACAGAGCAAGCCGUGGCGUGGCCAUCAUCAAUAAGCUCAAAGAUCCAAAGAAUAGGCCCAAGAAUGAAUCAGCUGGUCUGGACUUGCGCAUGAUGAUUACGCAUGGUCAGAAGCUAUCAGACGGUCUGCUACAAGCUUGCGAAAUACACAUCGAAACACGGUCGGCGAACGUCAGCUUGUCCAAGGACCUGAACUUCAAUCACAAGUUGGCACCCAAUCCUCUUGUCAUACCCUUGGAAUCCACCUUGACGGCCAAUGCUCCAGUCGUUCAGGACGCGUUCCAUAUACGCAAGUUUGUGGCUUUUGCACAAGAUCGCAUUACGAUACAAAGCUUCAGUGACGAAGUUCUGGUGCUCAACUCCUUACAACGACCACGAAAGUUGACCGUGAGAGGUUCCGACGGCAAACAGUACGGACUUUUGUGCAAGCCAAAGGAUGAUCUGAGAAAGGAUCAACGUCUGAUGGAGUUCAACACGAUGAUCAACAGAGCACUAAAACGAGACACGGAGUCAAGCAAACGUCGUCUCUACAUCAAAACGUAUGGCGUGACGCCACUGAGUGAAGAAUCUGGUACUAUCGAGUGGGUCGAAGGUAUCAAGCCUUUGCGCGACAUCCUUCUCAAGCUGUAUCAGCGUAAGGGUGUCCAGCCCAAUUACAACGAGUUGCGAGUGUUCCUUAGUGAGGCAAGCUCUAACAUAGCUAACGUGGACAUCUUCACCGAGAAGGUCUUGUCGGUGUUCCCGUCAAUUCUUCACGAGUGGUUCGUGGAGAUGUUCCCUGAGCCUGACUCGUGGUUCGCUGCUCGAUUGAGAUACGCUCGCUCAGCUGCGGUUAUGUCCAUGGUGGGACACGUACUUGGACUUGGCGAUCGACACGGAGAGAACAUACUGUUGCAGGAAGAUACCGGUGGUGUCUUCCACGUCGACUUCAACUGUCUGUUCGACAAGGGACUCACGUUUGAGAAGCCAGAACUUGUCCCCUUCCGCCUGACACACAACAUGAUUGCGGCAAUGGGAGCAUAUGGAUACGAAGGACCUUUCCGCAAGUCAGCCGAGCUGACACUGGGCUUGCUGCGUCAACAUCAGGAUACCUUGAUGAAUAUCUUGGAGACGUUCUUGCACGACCCCACUACCGAUUUUAUUGGCAAGAAGAAGAGGACUACACCAGGAGUACCAGAUACACCGCAGGAAGUCCUAGACUCGAUCAGUGGAAAACUCAAAGGAUUUCUCAGGGGAGAGACUGUGCCCUUGAGUGUGGAGGGCCAUGUCAGCGCGUUGAUUCAGCAAGCCACGGAUCCGUGGAACCUGUGCCAAAUGUAUAUUGGAUGGUGUGCGUUUUUGUAA